AUGCUUUUAUCCAAAUCAUUAAUUUCGAGAUCCUUCUUGAUAACUUCUCUUAUAGUCUUUUUGGGUCUUCCUCUUCCUCGAAUUGUUUGUCUUCUCUCCACCUGGUCUACUCUCCUUACUACAGAGUCUACAGGUCUUCUCUCUACAUACCCAAAUCACCUAAGUCUAUUUUCCACCAUCUUCUCUACAAUAGGUGCUACUCCAGCACUCUCUCUAAUAAUUUCAUUUCUAAUUUUAUCCCGUCGAGUCUUACCACACAUCCACCGCAGCAUCCUCAUCUCCGCUACACCUAUUUUAUUCUCAUGUUGGUUCUUAACCGCCCAACAUUCUGUUCCGUACAAAAUCGCAGAUCUUACUGCAGUCCGAUAA